GUUGUACAGGACUGCGGCACCUGUGUGUGUACAGGAUCUCACGUAGAUAACAGUUGCCUGAGAAUUCGAAAACUGUCCACAAGAUGUCGGCUGGUGUUGUCUUCGUUGUGUUUGGCCUGGUGUACAUCACCUGUGUACCACCGUAUGCUGAAGGUGCCUGCUCCUCCUCGCAGUGGGGCUGCAGCAACAACCGAUGCAUCUCAGCAACGUUGAAAUGUGAUGGCAAAGACGACUGUGGUGACAACUCGGAUGAACGUGAAGGCUGUGUCGAUCUCGGGAACCCCUGUGGCAGCGGAAAGAUCUGCAGAGGCAUUCUAAAGUGUGUUUCACAGUCUCAACUGUGUGACGGUAAAGACGACUGUGGCGACAACUCUGAUGAAGACAACUGCCCUGUCAGCCCCCAGUGCCCAAGAGGAGCACCAUUGAAGGACGCCAAGGGGAUAGCCUAUUUCUGUGGGCUGGGUCCAUCUGCUCAGGCGUGUCCGCCAAACAGUGCCUGCCUCACCGACCCACUUGACCGGUUUGCCGUAUGCUGUUCUGUUUGAAGACAUUCUUACCACAUACAGAAAUAAACGUUGCGUGUUUGAGGA